AUGUCCGCGUUAGCGGGCAGGCAGUCCCUCGGUGCGUCGGACGGGGACAACAAAGAUGAAAACAACGAGGAGCUGCUCUAUGCGACAACGACUUUGCCGCGGGAGGGCGACGUGAAGUGGCUGGUCGACCGCGGUGCCACGCAAGAGCGAGCAAUUGCCUUACUUAGCCAGCACGGCUCACUCCUUGCUGCAAUCCAAGCCGUGCUGAAUGCUACGCCGAACGAAGCUUCGGACGACUUGGCGCUUGCAGCGGCUGUGGCGGGCAGCUUUCCAACCGAUAUCAGGAGAAUGGUAAGGCAGUUGGGCAGUUCGUUGAAGGGGCAGGCGGAGAAGGCCGCGGUUGGUCUGGCCACGCUCGCGCGCGACAAACCCGGAAGCCGUCGCGCGAUUGCGCGAGCCCUCGAUGUGCUCGACCCGUGUCGCUCAAACGGCCUGGUUUUGAAGUUGGCUCCGGAGAAUACUCCGGUGAGUCGUAGAAACGUCAAGUCGGCAGAGCUGGUAGCCGAGCUCCGGGCGCUCCUUCAGAGCCUCAACGAGGUGCCAGCUGCAGAAGACGAGGAGUUGGUCGUCUACUGCGAGGCCUUUUGUGAAGAGACGAACGCAGCAAACGGCGACGCUUCGCUUUCCGCGAAGAUGAAGGGCCCCGGCCUCCUGCGUAGCUGGACUGGCCUGCUUGGAUGA